GCGGAAUAAAUGGGAAAUAAUUGCGAGAAAAGAAAACACAAUCGAUGCCAAAAUCUAACCGUAGGAAUGUGAAUACUUCCGUAAUAUUCGAUAUACCGGGGCAGUAAGAAAACACCGUCAAUGGCUCAUAAAAAACAUCGAUACUAUCAAUAUUACCAUCGAUUGUGUCCCAGCUCUAAUACAAAACGCGCGAAUGCCGGCAAAACAUUUUUAGCGAAGUUUGGUUUAUAUUUUUAAAGUUAUAUUAAUAGAGUCGAAAAUACGAUUGGGAAAAUGGCUCUCUGGGUGGAUAAACAUCGACCUCGUGAGCUGUCAAAAUUGGAUUACCACAAAGAGCAAGCUGAAAAUUUGCGAAAUCUUUGUCAGCAAGGUGAUUUCCCGCAUUUAAUGUUCUACGGCCCGUCUGGUGCUGGUAAAAAGACCCGCAUCAUGUGUUUAUUGCGCGAAUUGUAUGGCGCCGGUGUGGAGAGACUGCGAAACGAAACGAUGACUUUUACCACACCAUCGAAUCGCAAAGUGGAAGUGAUGACCGUCGGCAGCAAUUACCAUUUGGAAGUGAAUCCGUCCGAUGCCGGUAUUUAUGAUCGAGUUGUAGUAAUCGAUCUUAUAAAGCAAGUGGCUCAAACACAUCAAAUCGAUGCAUCGGGGCAACGUGAAUUUAAAGUAAUUGUUCUCUCCGAAGUGGACGAGCUCACCAAAGACGCCCAGCAUGCGCUACGUCGUACCAUGGAAAAGUAUGUGGCUACAUGUCGUAUUAUACUGUCGGUGAAUUCAACAUCCCGUGUCAUACCGGCCAUACGAUCACGUUGUUUGGGGAUACGAGUAGCUGCACCCAAUGAAGAAGAAAUAACCACAGUCCUUCAGCAAACUUGCAAGCGUGAAGGCUUAACAUUGCCCGCUGAAUUGGCGGCACGUAUUGUGGAGAAAAGUGAACGGAAUUUACGUCGUGCAUUAUUGAUGUUGGAAACUUGUAAGGUUCAGCAGUAUCCCUUUACCGGUCAACAGGACAUUGUUGAGCUAGACUGGCAGGUAUUUUUACGCGAGACAGCCAACCAAAUAGUGACGGAACAAACACCAGCAAAACUGGAGAAGAUACGAGAUCGGUUGUAUGAGUUGCUGGCGCAAGGAGUACCUCCAGAUAUGAUAUUCAGGGGCUUAGUAGAGCAACUUGUUAGGAACUGUGACAUGUCACUCAAGGCGAAAACUUUGGAAUAUGCGGCGCUGUAUGAACAUCGCAUGCAAAACGGUGCUAAACAUAUAUUUCAUUUAGAGGCCUUCGUUGCUCAAUUCAUGAACAUUUAUAAGAAAUUUAUAUCCGAAUCGAUGAUGAUGGACGAUUUUUAAUUUUUUAUUGAUGUAAUAUAAGAAAACAUUGAUUUUUAUAGAACAUAAGAUCUUAAACGUAAAAAAAUUGAGAAAUAAAUUAUUUAAGCCAUAUUUGGUUGCUGUAACUGACGAAACUGUCCUUCCUGGAAUGCCAUUUGGAUUUUAUCCUCUGCUGUGCGCUGUGCCGUAUCGAUAUAUGUCUGUAUGAUGUCUUCUAAAUCUGUGAGAACCUAUGAUAUGAAACACAAAUUAUUAUUUUAGCCUAUUAUUCGAAUUAUUAAAUAUACACACCUGCUUAUACUCGA